GAAUACCCUAGAUGGCAGGAUUUCGCUGCCCCGGACAGUGACCCCUCGCUCCACUGCCUGGGCCUGACUUGAGUCCGGUCUGAGCGAGAUGAGGUGGCGCGACCGGAUAGCUGUGCUGUUCUUCCCUCCAGGCAUGAUGCUCACUGUGGCCGCUCUCAUGCUCUUCUUUCUGCACAUGGGUGUCUUUGCUAGUGACGUGCACAACUUCUGUGUCACCCACAACUAUGAGCGAAUGAGCUUCCAAUACACAGUUGUCCUGAUAUUCUCCCAGGUGAUCAGUAUCUGCUGGGCUGCCAUGGGGUCACUCUACGCAGAGAUGACUGAUGACAAGUUUCUUCGAUGCUUUGCUUUGACCAUCCUGAUGCUCAAUGGAGCCAUGUUCUUCAACCGCAUGUCCCUGGAGUUUCUGGCCAUCAAUUACCGAGAGGAGAUACACUAAGGCCUGGGGACAGGGGACAGGGCUGAGAAGGGAGAUGGAAAAAGCUGCUUCAGAUGUUUUAAUAAAGUCUGUUGUUUAUUU